AUGCCUCUUAAAGUUCCAUUACAACAAGUUAACUUUGAGCUAGGGGAAUCAUUUCAUUUGGCCUACACAAGAUUUCUUAACUUAGAAAAAAGACUACAUAUGGAUCCAACUCUUUUCUAUCAGUAUAAAAAUUUUAUUGAUCAAUAUGUAGAACUAAAUCAUGGUGAAUACUGCGAUAUAAAUAGCUAUGAUAUGUCUAAAGACCCAGUUUAUUUUCUACCACACCAUGCAGUAAUUAAACAAAAUGCUGUCACCACCAAACUUAGAGCUGUCUUUGAUGGAUCGAUGCAAACUAAUAAAAAAAUAUCUUUAAAUGAUAUUUUACUCAACGGUCCAGUGGUGCAAAAGGAUCUUUUCGAUAUACUUAUUGCAUUCAGAUUAGAAAAUUAUUUCUUUAUCUGCGAUAUAAAAAAGAUGUUUAGGUGUAUUGAUUUGGAUCCAUCUUAUAGGCCACUACAAAACAUUUUAUGGCGCGAAUCUCCCGAACAAGAUAUUAGAUGUAUACAACUUAAGACUGUCACUUAUGGGCUAAAAUCAUCAUCAUACCUAGCCACUCGUUGUUUGAUAGAGCUUGCUGCCAGGUAUAAAGAUCAGUUUCCACUAGCAUCUUCAAUUUUAGAAAACAAUACAUAUGUAGAUGACAUAUUGGCAAACAGCUGUUCAGAAGAACAACUGCUCCGUAUGCAAACUGAAUUAAUUCAAUUACUUUCCCUAGGAGGGUUCGAACUCCACAAGUGGGCAUCCAACUGCAAUUCAGUCCUUAAAAAUGUUAAUAAAACUUGUCAAAAUUUAAAUGAGCUAGACCUGCAAAAGCAUGAAAUUUAUGUAAAAACAUUAGGUAUUACAUUUGAUAUUGAAAAAGAUGUUUUCAAAAGUACAUGCCCCGAUUCAUAUGUUAGUCGAAAUGACUCGAAACGUGAUAUACUUAGUUACAUAAGUAAGUUCUAUGACCCAUUAGGACUUAUUGGGCCAAUAUUUGUACAUGCAAAAGUAAUUAUGCAAAAGUUGUGGGCUACUAAUACUGGUUGGGACUCUACUCCCCCAGAUGACAUACGACAUACUUGGGUCAAUUUUACUAAGAGCUUGACACAGAUGGAGCCACUUAGCAUUUCUCGUUGUGUUAAAUUAUCCAAUUCUAUCAUCACACAGCUGAUAGGUUUCGCUGAUGCCUCCUCCGUGGCUUACGGGUGCUGCUUAUACUUAAGAUCUAUUGACGCUCAAGAUAAUGUACUCGUACAGCUGCUAUGUUCAAAGUCAAGGAUUAAUCCACUCCGAAAAAAGCUAACAAUACCUAGGCUAGAGUUGAACGCAGCGCUAUUACUUGCUAAGCUAUGUAAAAAAGUACUCAAUACUCUUAGUAACAAAAUAAAUAUUAAUAAUACUUACCUCUUCUCUGACUCUCAGAUAGCUUUGGCGUGGCUGAGAACCGAUGACGCAAAGUUACAAACCUAUGUUGCAAAUAGAGUCAGAGCAAUAAGGGAGCUCUCAGAGAACUGCCAUUGGCAAUAUGUAAAUACUGAGGACAAUCCUUCUGAUUGCCUUAGCAGAGGUCUUCAGCCCCAUGAGCUUAAGGACCACAAUUUGUGGUGGCACGGUCCACCCUUCUUACAAAACAAAAGUCAUACCUUUCAAUCAUCAGCUGUGUUAGCAGUGCCAACACAAUUGUCUGACUUAAAGACCGAUAAUACCAUUUUGUGUGCCGCCGCUACCACAACUGAUUCCAGUAUAUUUGAAAGAUUAAAAAAGUUUUCUAGUAUAAACAAAAUGACUCGUGUGCUUGCAUAUGUAAUAAGAUUUUGCAAAAAUAUCAAACCGCAAGCCAAUAAGGAACAAGGCUUCUUAAAGGCCUUUGAACUUAAUAGAUCACUGAUGAUGAUAGUUAAACAUGAACAAGAGCAAUAUUUUUCAGCUGAAAUCAAAUCUCUUAAGUGUCAAAAAGAGCUAACAGGUAAUUUAAAGGCAUUGACUCCUUUUCUAGAUGCGAAUGGUUUGAUGCGAGUAGGUGGUCGUUUACAAAACGCAUCAAUCCCCUACACAAGCCAACAUCCAGCAAUAUUACCUAAAGGCUCAGAAAUCACUGCUUUGAUAAUUAGAGAUGAACAUAUAAAGUUAUUGCAUGCAGGGCAAAAGCUAUUACUUUCUUCCCUCAGACAAAGAUUUUGGAUCAUAGAUGGAUUGCGUACAAUAAAAAAGAUAAUCUAUAAAUGUGUAACCUGUUUCAGAUUGAAGGCUGUCGCUACAACUCAACUAAUGGGUUCCUUGCCUACGCAUCGAGUCCAUGCAUGCCGCCCGUUUCAGAAGGUUGGUGUUGACUUCGCUGGGCCGGUCUCGGUAAAAAACAGUCGCAUUAGGAAACCAUUAAUAGGAAAAGGUUACAUUGUUUUAUUUGUAUGUUUUGUAACGAAAGCAAUUCAUCUAGAACUCGCUUCCGAUCUAACAACUGAUACAUUCCUUGCUUGUUUCAAGCGCUUUAUCGCGAGACGAAACCUGCCCAGUGAUGUACACUGCGAUAAUGGGUCUACCUUUAAGGGGGCAAGGAACCAAUUGGAUGAAUUGUACCGAUUGCAAAAUUCUCAGAGUCAUCAAUAUCAAGUGCAAUCUUUCGCAUCGGCGCGAGGUAUUAAUUUUCACUUUAUACCAAGUUACAGCCCAAUAUUUGGAGGACUUUGGGAAAGUGGUGUUAAAAGUACCAAACACCACCUUAAGCGAAUAGUCGGUAAAGCAUUACUAACCUACGAACAGCUAAAUACUGUUUUAACCGAAAUAGAAGGCAUCCUCAAUUCAAGGCCACUGACUGCCGUUUCUGCGGAUCCUAAUGAUUUUUCGUAUCUUUCCCCAGGACAUUUUCUAACAGGUGCUCCUCUUAAUACAUACCCAGAACAUGACGUCAAAGAUAGACCAAUAAACUUGUUAAAAUUCUGGUCAUUAACCGUUCAAAUGAAGCAAAACUUUUGGAGGUACUGGAGUAAGCACUAUCUGUCUCUGUUGCAAAGCAGGCCAAAAUGGCGCGACAUUAAGUCAAACAUAAAUGUAGGUAGCUUAGUACUACUGCGUGAUGACAACACGUCACCUCUCCACUGGUCCAUGGCUAGAGUAACAGGUACUUUUCCUGGAAAAGAUGGUUGUGUCAGAACUGUUGAACUUAAAACUCCCAAUGGUCACGUUCAUAAUAGGUCAAUAACAAAAAUUUGCCUAUUACCUAUAGAUGUUUAA